AUGUCAUUAAAAAAAGUGUUAAUUAUUCAACAUAGUGAUAAUGUUAAACCAGGUUAUGUUUCAACAUUUUUGACGGAAAAUAACAUUCCAUUUAACAUUAUACAAAUAUACAAGUCUGAUGUUAUUCUACCACCAAAUGAUACUCAAGAUUAUUUUGCUAUAAUUAGUUUAGGUGGUCCACAAGGUGCUUAUGAAGAUAAUAUCUACGAAUAUUUAAAAUGGGAAAAACAAUUUUUACAUACUCAAUUAACGAUGAACACUACACAUCUUCUUGGAAUAUGCUUAGGCGCACAAUUACUUGCCGAUACUUGUGGUGGUAAAGCAUUUGAAGGUGAACAAGGUUGCGAAGCAGGUUACGUUCAAUAUGAAUUAACCGAUGAAGGUAAAUCAGAUCCAAUAUUAUCACAGUUACUUACCAGUGAACAACAAAGUCCGUUAUUAAUUAUGCAUCAUGGUGAUACAUUUAGGCUUCCAUCAUCGGCUAUUAAAUUAGCGUAUACAUCUAAUGGUUAUAUAGCUGCCUAUCGAAUUAACAAAGCAUUUUGUGUACAAUUUCAUCCUGAAGCAAAUUUUGAAGUAUUUAAUGAAUGGAUACAACGUGGUUUACAAAAACUACCAAGAUUUUAUAGUCAUUUAAAUUUAGAUGAAAUAUUAAAAUAUGCAAGUGAUAAUGAACACAAAGCAGAACUGACUAGGAAAUUAUUUUUCAAAACAUGGUGGGAAACUAUUACAAAUAAUUCAUCAACCGUCUAA